UUAUUUUGAUUGAAAAGCGAUAUAAACAGGUAAUCUUAUAAAUGAACCCAGAAAAACAACCAAUUCAAUAUUUCGCGUCCAUCAGAAUCAAUAUGUCCAAAUUUAUUUUACACAGGACCUUAAUCAUUCUUGUAUGGAGCUGUCUUCACAGUAAAAUUUCAGGAACUUUUCUCCCAGCAUAUGAUGAUAGCACUUUGAUACAUGUAUCAACACGAAAGGAUUAUCCAGAAUAUGCUCCAGAUUAUGGUCCAGAGUAUCCUCCAGAUUAUGGUCCAGAGUAUGCUCCAGAUUAUGGUCCAGAGUAUCCUCCAGAUUAUGGUCCCGAGUUUGGCUAUCUAAGAUAUGGUUCUCCAGGAUAUGGUUCACAAGGGUAUGGCCCUCCAGGAUAUGGAUAUGGAGGUUAUCCAUCCUAUGCGGAUUCAGAACCAACAAUCAUAAUAGAUACCUAUUGAAAUGAUAAUAUUAAAUAAAUACUGACCAAACA